AUGGAUACCUCACAGACUUUUACAUGUUCUCUUUCACCUGUGCGCGUUAUUUCACAUGCAAAAUCCCGAUCAUUGUUGUUGGACCCAGUGAUUUCAAAACGGAAGGCUGCGGAUGAUAUUCUUGAUACCUCUGUGCUACCUUUCGAAAAACGGUGCAAAUUUCCUGCAAGGCGUUUGAAACGCAAAGCAGGUAACACAGCCUUACAUGUCUCCCUCCCUCCCAGUUUCAGGAUAUGUGUUCUCUCCCGCUCAUAUGCAAUUGCUGACAUUAAUGCUCACUCAACAAGUGAAGAGAACCGACGCAGCACCAACCGCGUCCUUUCACAUGGGACGUCCUCUCCUAUAGCGUCCUUGAGCGGACGAGCUAUCAUUCCCCUGAUAAUUUCAUAUUGGCCUUUUCCAAACGAACUUGUCUUGAUGAUCUUUGUAUAUCUGCCUGCGAGAGACCUGCGGUUAAUGACACAAGUGUCCUGCCUCUCAAGGGACCUUGCCAUGCCCCUAUAUUUUCAUUCCGUAGGCUUAUCCGUCGAGCAAAAAUGGUUGCAGAUCAACGCCCAAACAUGCCUAGCCCUUCCGUUGUACUCUCAAAUGGCUUCUUUCUGCACCCCUCGGUUCCUGUGUUGCGACCUCAUCGGUACUAGUGCCCGUGACCUGACAGCACUCCAAAUCUUCUUGGAGUCCUUGAUGGGCAUUCAGAGUAGACCUAUCUCAUUGGUCAUAUGCUUCGACGCACCCCCCAGAGUGGAUCUAGCUUCUUUAUUUCAGGUCAUCAAGAACUUAGGUUGCUCCAGCUUUACCUAUUCAAGCAGUGAUUCGGAGCAGCUGCGUACGAUUGUACCUACUCCUGUUCCUGGAUCAGACCCAGGCGUGAAUAUUGGGCAAGUGUGGAUUCAUCUGGGACAGACUUCUGUCCCACUGGAAUUGCAGAAUCAUUCCUCACAGAAGUUACGCAGUCACACCUCGCAGCAGACUUCCAACUCCCAUUUACAUGAACUUACUGUUCUUGGUGGUCCAUCUUGGUAUCUCGUUCCCCUACUAGCCGCAAUUCAUCCAGCCACUUGCAUCCAAAAUCUCAACCUUCAGUUCGAGGAAGAUUCAACCUCCAACCACUUCUCUGCCGUUCUUGAUGUUACUCAACAUUUCACAAGCAUUCAUGCACUGCAGUUGAGUUUUUUCGAUGCUUCCCAUAAUGUCAAUCACUAUGACGUUCCAUGCGAUGAACACUGCACCGUACCUGCGAAACAGCUGACUGUUUCUGUGCAUGGUCCUGAUCUGGAUGAUCUUCUCAUCCGCUGCCAUCCUUGGCUCGACACCUUCCAUGAGCUGGAAAGUGUUGGAAUUCAGGCCAAACACACGAGUUCAUCCGAGAUGCUCACAGUGCUAUACUCUCAUCUGGGCAACCCUUUUCAGUUAAAGAUCAACACCGCUGUCUUGUAA